AUGUCAUCUUCUUCGUCAUCAUGUACGUCCAAUUCGGACGAGCAACAGGCUACAAUUGACGCCGAGAACACCGAGAACCAAAAUAUUUUCGACGACGGUAGAGGUGAAUCAUGCCCGGCUGAAUUGAUCCAGGAUGAUGCGGCUCGUAAAAUAAUAUUUGAAAGAGGCUACGUUGAUGGUAUAAAAAUGCGGAUGUCAUUUCCAUCAGAAUUUAAGUCCACGUCGAAUGAAGCAGGGGACAUUUUUCCCAUGAUUAAUAUCAUAAAUGCCGCCAUAGUUGUAGAUGUGGCAAUCAGGUCAACGAUGAAUGCGUUAGAAGCGACCUCGUUGGCAGUCGAUUUGUGGAAUGAGUCAGCUGAAGCCACCUCCAUCGAGGCGGUUGUGACAAUUGCGUUGGACGCCGUGAAGACAAUUGAGGUUGCGGCCAAUGUCGCCCGGAUCAUAUCACGUAGAAGCAGACGUUCACUUGGUAUGGAUGAAUGA